GAGCACUGCAGUGAAAGCCGAGGCAGCGGACAGGCGAGCAGGGGGCGGGCGGACAUCUUGGGAUCCGAGAGUGGCCAGGCCGGCCUUUUGGGGGCUGCUGACUCCAGGUCUGUUCUCAGAGCAAUGGGUCACAGAGACUGAGCUGCCGCCAUGAUUGGAGGUUUAUUCAUCUAUAAUCACAAGGGGGAGGUGCUCAUCUCCCGGGUGUACAGAGAUGAUAUCGGCAAUAGGAGGAAUGCAGUGGACGCCUUUCGGGUCAAUGUGAUUCACGCGCGGCAGCAGGUGCGCAGCCCGGUCACGAACAUCGCUCGCACCAGCUUCUUCCAUGUUAAGCGGUCCAACAUCUGGCUGGCAGCCGUCACCAAGCAGAAUGUCAACGCUGCCAUGGUCUUCGAAUUCCUCUAUAAGAUGUGUGACGUAAUGGCUGCUUACUUUGGCAAGAUCAGUGAGGAGAACAUCAAGAACAAUUUUGUGCUCAUCUAUGAGCUGCUGGAUGAGAUUCUGGACUUUGGUUACCCACAGAACUCAGAGACAGGUGCACUGAAGACCUUCAUCACCCAGCAGGGCAUCAAGAGUCAGCAUCAGACAAAAGAAGAACAAUCCCAGAUCACCAGCCAGGUGACUGGGCAGAUCGGCUGGCGGCGGGAAGGGAUCAAGUAUCGGCGAAAUGAACUCUUCCUAGAUGUUCUAGAGAGUGUGAAUCUGCUCAUGUCCCCCCAGGGGCAAGUGCUGAGUGCCCAUGUGUCAGGCCGGGUGGUGAUGAAGAGUUACCUGAGUGGCAUGCCUGAGUGCAAGUUUGGAAUGAAUGACAAGAUUGUCAUUGAAAAGCAGGGCAAAGGCACAGCGGAUGAAACAGGCAAAAGCGGGAAGCAAUCAAUUGCCAUUGAUGACUGCACCUUCCACCAGUGUGUGCGACUCAGCAAGUUUGACUCUGAACGAAGCAUCAGCUUCAUCCCACCUGAUGGAGAGUUUGAACUCAUGAGAUACCGCACUACCAAGGACAUCAUCCUCCCUUUCCGGGUGAUCCCGCUGGUGCGGGAGGUGGGGCGCACCAAACUGGAGGUCAAGGUGGUCAUCAAGUCCAACUUCAAGCCCUCGCUUCUGGCCCAGAAGAUUGAGGUGAGGAUCCCAACCCCACUGAACACGAGCGGAGUGCAGGUGAUCUGCAUGAAGGGGAAGGCCAAGUACAAGGCCAGCGAGAACGCCAUUGUGUGGAAGAUCAAGCGCAUGGCAGGCAUGAAGGAAUCACAGAUCAGCGCAGAGAUUGAGCUUCUGCCCACCAACGAUAAGAAGAAAUGGGCUCGACCCCCCAUCUCCAUGAACUUUGAGGUGCCGUUCGCGCCCUCCGGCCUCAAGGUGCGCUACUUGAAGGUAUUCGAGCCGAAGCUGAACUACAGUGACCAUGACGUCAUCAAAUGGGUGCGAUACAUUGGCCGCAGCGGCAUUUAUGAAACCCGCUGCUAGCUGCCCGUGGCAGCUGGCCACCUCCCCACCCACCCUUUUCCAGAAGUCCAAGGACCCCAGUGACCACUCGCCAGUGUCCUUCCCCCUCCUGCUCUGCUGCCUUCCCUUACACCGGCCCCUGAACAUAGGUCUCAGCCAGCCCCAGUGGGACUGGUGAGGCAGUCCCCGGCUUCUGGGCAGGGUGGUUUUGGAGGCUUCUCUUCCAUCUGUCUGUCCUGGCUUAGUGCCAGGCCCUGAGUUUUGUGACCAAAGCCAGGUGGCCCCCUCUCCUUUCUACCCUCGUGGCCACACCUCUGCAGCGGGAAGGUUGACUAGCCCUCACCUCAGAGCUCCCCCAGAGGCCAGUAACAGAUUCCCAGCCCUUAGCCCCUCUCUGCUUUGGGAUAGUAUGCUUCGUUUUGUACACGUGUGACUUCGUCCAGUUAGAAACCCAAUAAACUGUAGAGUGGAA